GUCUUGUCUUCGAGGGUGGCGACACACUUGAAGAUUUAUCGAAAGUUGUUUCAGAUGCUUGUAUCUCCCUACAAAACAACAUACCUUACAAUGUUCUGAUUUCUGACUGCGGAACACAAGUGUUUCUCUUACCACAGGUACACCCCCCCUCCUCCUCCUUCCUAGAAGAUCCAGUCCGAGCAGCCUACGACGAUUCUUCUGAUCAGGUACGAUCAGUGGCGCCGUCUGUGGGAAACUUGCUUCCCCAUCUUUAAAGAACAAAGAUCAAAGCUAACCAUCACCAAUCGUCAUGGCUGACAACAACAACAUCCCAAGCUCUGACCCUUUCCUCCUUCAAGAACUGAUCGAGGAAUCCUCCCGCGAGCUAGCUAAUCAUCGUCGGGGGAGUCGUCGGCGACAAAGGUCCGGGCAUGAAACCCAGGACUCCCAGCUGCUGCAGGUCCUACAACAGGUCCAGAAUGUUGACCAUGUUCCUCCAGAAGGGCACGUUCAGAACGGCGAACCGAUCCGAACGACCAACGUGCCGGAACAUGCCCAGAAUGUGAAUGAAACCGACCCUCGCGACGGGCAACAUGCUUCCUCAUUCACCCACACCUCCGAGAGGCAGAGAGCCCGUCAUGGAGAAGAAGAGGAGCCGCUCAACAUUCCCGAAGGCACUGACCCCAUUACCGUCCGCUUGCUCAAGGAAAUACGACUGACCAACAGCCUCCUCAGAAUUCAGGAUGACCGAAUUCACGAGCUGGAAAGACAGCGGCGACGUCGCCCUUCCCCACGGAGGCGCUACAGGUCACGCUCCUAUUCCUCCUCGCGCUCACCGCCGAGAAGAUACCGUCGGCGUUCCCCGUCCUCUUCAAGGUCUCCCCCGAGAAGACAUCGCCGCCGGAGGACUCGUUCCCGUUCUCCACACAGAAAGAACAGGAAGAACCAGAAACCUGAAACCGCUGAACAAAGAAGCCCCUCCCCCGAACAGGGCCGUCGGGGUCCCUCCAAAGCAACGACGGGUAACAACCAAGAAGAUCCCCGACGAAACAGGCACUACGAUUCACCAGGGCCGAGCGACGAGGAGGACUUCCGCAGCCCCUUGUCCGCUAGUAUACGGAGAGCCCGCCUCCCUCGGGGGAUGGAAAAACCGCCAGCAUUGGACCAAUACGACGGAACCACUGACCCCGACGACCAUAUCCGGAGUAUCGAAGCGGUCAUGGACUAUCACGUCGUCAGAGGCUCGAUCAAGUGCCGCAUUUUCCCGACCACCCUCAGGAAGGGAGCGAUGAAUUGGUACAGGAACCUCCCUUCGAACUCCAUCCAUUCUUGGACCGAGCUCAAAGAACUCUUCUUGAGCCACUUCACAGCCUCCCGACGGCAACCGAAAUCGGAAGCCAAUCUCGAGGCCGUAGUCCAAGGACCCAACGAGCCUCUCCGAGAUUACCUUGAAAGAUUCAACAAGGAGGCCGUCCAAGUGCAGACAAAAGACUACAUGAAGAGGUACAUCUUGGAACGAGGACUUCUCCCCGGCAGUGACUUCAAGAAAGCUAUUAAGAUCGAGAAGGUAAACUCGAUGAAUGACCUCCUCAGCAAAGCAAAGGUAUUCAUCGAUUUUGAGGAAGGCGAGGCAGCCGCAAUCAGAGCCCCGAGGGGCAGUGGCGCCGCUCGCAGCUCAAACCUCGAAGACUCGGGGUCGCGCCGAGGACAAGACAAAAGAAGGGACGACCGGGCCCGAGAUGUCAAAGAACGGCGAGGACCAGCAGGGCGUUUCAACGACUACACUCCUUUGAACACCUCCCGGGAGAAAAUCCUGUCCGACUGCCAGAACGCCGAGUUCAAGAAAUCCAACAUCAGGCCCCCGAAGUCAAAUCCUACAAGACCGGGGACGGACAAGUCCAAAUACUGCAAGUACCACAAGAGUCACGGGCAUAUGACCGACGAAUGCGUACAUCUCAAAGAUGCCAUAGAGACCCUGAUCAAAGAGGGCCACCUGGCAAAAUACACCAAGAAGGGAGAACCCUCCAGAAGAGACAUCCCUCGAAACUCUGACGAGGGGAACUCACCAGACAGCAGACCGCUCCAAGUCGCGCUGUCCGUAACCCGACCGGAAGACUUCAUCCCUUCAGUCGGCGUGACGACCGCCCUCAGCACCUGGGAACAUUUCCCCACCGCAAUGGUCAUCUCCAACGGCGGCGACCCCGGCUCUCUCACCGUCAGUUCGGUCAAGAGAAAGUUCGACGAGCUACUCAGCGCCAAUGCAGAUCUCGGCCCUACUCUUCGGAAAUUCCGAGGAAAGUCAGAGCCAAUCACUUUCUAUCUCGAAGAACUGCCCGGCGGAGCUCCAAAUGCCACCAUUCCCCUUCUCGUCCGAGCCAGAAUGGCAAACUUCGAUGUGCGACGGGUCCUGGUAGAUGAAGGCAGUUCAGUCGACAUUAUGUACUCCCACCUCUUCCAAACACUGCAGCUGGACGACUCGCACCUCACUCCCUAUGUGGGUUCCGACCUCCAAGGUUUUAACGGAGCCACCACCAAACCAUGGGGCUACGUCGAGCUGAUUGUCACCUUCGGGGAAGGGGAAGCGUCCAGACAAGUCAAAACCAGGUUUCUGGUAAUCGACUGCAAAACAUUGUACAACUGCAUCAUCGGACGCCCAACACUGGCCGAGCUAACUGCCGUGCCCUCCACAGUCCAUCUGAAGAUGAAGUUCUACACGAGGACAGGGAAAGUGGCCACCAUCAACGCCGACAUUGAAGCUGCGAGAAGGAUCUUCGAUGCAUCCGUCAAAGGACUAGAGCUGAUCGCUCCUCCGACCAGCUCCAACAAGAAACCAAGAGCCGAAGAUAAGCGUCCUCGGGAAGAUCAGGUUCCAACGGCCAACGUCAGCUCAGUCGACCUCGAUGCAAGGUUCACACAAGAAGAACUGAAGACCGGGGAGGGAACACAAUCGAAUCCCGUCCGACCUGUUCCCGACGGAGACUUCGAGCUGAUCCCCCUGGGAGACAACCCCAACAGAGCAGUGAAGAUCGGCAAGGGUAUCCCUGACCUGCCGAGGAAGCAACUCAUAGCCUGCCUUCGAGCCAAUGCCGACCUGUUCGCCUGGAGCGCCGCAGAGAUGCCCGGACUCGACCCUGAGGUCGCCUGUCACCACCUCUCCAUCAAUCCAACCGCCAAGGCCGUAGUACAACGUAGGCGUCGGCAGUCUCCCGAGAAAGCAGAGGCUGCCGAGAAAGCUGUAAAAGACCUCCUAGAGGCAAGUUUUAUUUCCGAGGCCAAGUACUCAACUUGGCUCUCAAAUGUUGUACUUGUUAAAAAAUCUAAUGGAAAAUGGAGAAUGUGUGUUGAUUAUACUGAUGUUAACCGGGCAUGUCCAAAAGACGCCUACCCUUUACCUAAUAUUGAUAGACUGGUCGACAACUCGGCCGGCUAUAAACUGUUGUCCUUCAUGGACGCUUAUUCUGGUUACAACCAGAUUCCCAUGGCGAAAUGCGACAAGCAAUGCACGGCUUUCAUGACCGAAUCGGGCAAUUAUUACUACAACGUAAUGCCCUUCGGACUCAAAAACGCCGGGGCAACCUACCAGCGGAUGAUGAACAAGGUCUUCCGAGGGGAAAUCGGCGACACACUCGAGGUGUAUAUGGACGACAUGAUCGUCAAAUCUCGAGAAGACUCCGACCACACACUACAUCUCGAGCGGGUCUUCAAGCAGGCCAGGUCCUGCAGGAUGCGCUUCAAUCCGGAGAAGUGUACCUUCGGAGUACGGGCAGGCAAAUUCCUCGGUUUCUACUUAACAGAACGAGGAAUAGAAGCCAACCCUGAUAAGUGCCGAGCAUUCUCAGACCUCCCUACCCCCACCAAUAAAAAAUCCAUCCAAGUACUAAACGGAAUGCUCACAGCAUUGUCCCGCUUCGUCGCGAAAUCCGCCCAGCAUGCACUUCCAUUCUUUAAGCUUCUUCGGAAAGAAGCAGCUUUCGAGUGGUCCGAGGAAUGCGAACAAGCAUUAUCCCACCUCAAACAAGUGCUCUCCAAACCCCCGGUGCUAUCCCGACCAGACAGCAACGAGGUUCUCUAUCUCUACUUGGCCGUCUCUGGCGAGGCAGCCAGCGCGGCCCUGAUCCGAGAAACGGAAGACGGGCAGAAGCCAGUGUACUUCACUAGCAAAGCCUUACAAGGACCCGAGGUCCGCUAUCAACAGAUAGAAAAAAUCGCGCUGGCCCUAAUAACGGCCGCCAGAAGACUGAGGUACUACUUCCUUGCCCACACUAUCGUCGUCCGGACAGACCAACCGAUCAAACAGCUUCUCAGCCGACCAGACAUGGCCGGAAGGAUGCUGAAAUGGUCCCUCGAACUGUCCGAGUUCGACAUACAAUACGAGGGCAGGAAAGCGCUAAAAGCCCAAGCACUCGCCGAUUUCGUGGCCGAGAUGACGACGAUCUCCAACUCCCUAACACCCACCGUGAAUAAGUGGACCAUCUACGUAGACGGUGCCUCAAGCCACGCGGGCAGCGGAGCUGGGAUCAUCUUGGAGAACGACGAGGGACUCGUCAUCGAAGUAUCCUUAGUCCUCUCCUUCGCCACAUCGAACAACCAGGCCGAGUACGAAGCCCUCCUAGCGGGCCUACGCCUUGCAGAGGACGUAGGCGCUCGGGAAGUCAUGAUUUAUACCGAUUCACAACUGGUCGCGUCGCAAGUUAGCGGCGAUUACCAGGCCAAAAACGACACACUAGCCGAGUAUCUGUCGCUCGUCAAAGAAAAGAUGAAAGGGUUCGCGAAGGCAGACGUCGCACACAUCCCUCGGGAACACAACUCGAGGGCCGACCUCUUAUCCAAGCUCGCAAGCACGAGAAAGAAGGGAGGGAACAAGUCGGUGAUACAGGAAGUCUUGUCCGAUCCAAGCGUAGCCAAAAACGCGCCGGCCAUACAAGUGUUUGCCAUCGGAGACGACCAUUGCUGGAUGACUCCGGUAUACAAAUACCUCAUGAACGACGAACUCCCCGAUGAUCCGAAGGAAGCUUCAGCUAUUAAAAGGAGAGCCUGCUCGUACACAGUCAUUGAAAAUAAACUCUAUCGGCGCGGCUUCUCCAUUCCCCUUCUCAAAUGCAUCGACGACUCGCAGGCAAUGGAAGUACUGCAGGAGAUCCACGAAGGGAUUAACGGCCAGCAUCUCGGCGGCCGGUCGCUGGCAAGGAAAGCCCUCAGAGCCGGCUACUAUUGGCCGACCAUGCAGCAGGACGCCAAAGAGCACGUUCAAAAAUGCGACAAAUGUCAGCGGCAUGCCGACAUGCACCUAGCUCCCCCCACCGAGCUCAAAUCCCUCUCCUCUCCUUGGCCUUUUUCCACCUGGGGAAUGGACCUCCUCGGCCCUUUCCCGGUCGGCUCGUACCAGAAUAAAUAUCUCGUGGUCGCCGUCGAUUACUUCACGAAAUGGAUAGAAGCCGAGGCGCUUGCCAAGAUCACAUCUCAAAACGUGCUCCGUUUCUACAAACGAAACAUACUUGCCCGGUUCGGGGUCCCUCAGGCCAUAAUCACCGACAAUGGCACCCAGUUCACUGACAAAAAAUUCCAAGAGUUUGUGGCCAAGCUUGGCACGAAGCAACACUUCACCUCAGUCGAGCACCCUCAGACGAACGGGCAGGCCGAGGCGGCCAACCGAGUCAUCCUCCGAGGAUUAAAGAGAAGACUCGGCGAAGCCAAAAAAGCCUGGGUCGAGGAACUACAUAGUGUACUCUGGGCGUACAGGACGACGCCUCAUUCGAGCACAGGCGAAACUCCUUUCCGACUAACUUACGGCACCGAAGCCGUAAUUCCCGUAGAAAUCCGAGAGCCUUCUCGGCGCACCGAAUUCCCCCUCGAGGAAGAACUUAACGACGAGGCCAUGAGGGAAGAACUCGAUAUGGUAGAAGAGAUUCGAGCAGGGUCAGCCCUCCGAGAAGCUAAACUAAAACAGCAAAUAGCUCUUCGCCAUAACGCCAAAGUUAUAAAGCGCGAAUUUGAAAUCGGCGCCCUAGUACUUCGCAGAAACAUGAAAGACUCGCGCGAAGGCAAGCUAGCCCCAAACUGGGAAGGCCCGUACCGAGUUUAUGACAAAACCGAGAACGGCGCCUACUACCUCGAGAAUCUUCUCGGUGAAAAACUUGCUCGACCCUGGAAUGCUGAAAAACUCAGACGUUAUUACAGUUAAA